AUGGUGCCGCCAGCCCCCGUUGGUGGUGAUCGGGCAGUGGCCAUGCCCACUGCCACCAAUAUCAGUGCAAUUGCGAUGAAAUUGGUUAUUGUGAGCAUUAUUUUACCUGUAGUGGCUUUGGUUGCUACAGGACUCAGGUUUUGGGCCCGGCGCAUGAUGCGCGUAACCCCGGCAGUUGAAGACUGGCUCGUUGUCGCUGGAUUUAUAUGGACAGUUGGCUAUGCGAUAGUAAACAUCCUUCUGGUCACUCUGGGUGGAGUUGGUUGGUCGACUACAUUGCUAGCGGAAGCUGGCCAAGCGGCUCGUAUUACGGCUCAACUAAAGCUCACCUUAGCAGGUCAAGUCGUCUAUGCCCUUGCAAUGGGGUGUAUCAAAGCUAGCAUUUGUCUGCAACUCGUUCGGCUCUUUUGGGUCGAUAAACUAUUUCGGUAUUUGGGCAUCACCGUUUUCGCACUCUCGAUUGGUUGGGCGCUUCAGACCAUGCUCAUUGGAUUCCUCAUCUGUCGUCCGCUAUCACAUAACUGGGACACGACUAGUGACGGUACUUGUGGUGACCUCCAUGCCGCUUAUGUGUCAAUCGGCAUCGUGGACGCCAUUACAGAUGGGAUGAUAUUUGUGUUACCUCUUCCGAUGAUUCAUGGGCUCAGGAUGCCAACGAGAACCAAGUUUGCUACCUGUGCUAUUUUCGCUCUUGGUCUUGUAACCAUAGUUGCUGGGAUUGUCCGCACCAUCCAGGUCUCGCAUCUCCAGUUCGAUCCGACAGAUAUCGCAGCUGAAGUUGACCUGUGCGUGUGGUCAGUCGUUGAGCCAAGUGUAGGGAUCACGGUUGCCUGCAUGAUCGUUAUGAGACCACUUUUUCUCCGAUUUGGAGAAAGGUUUCUCUCCUGGGCUCCCUGGACUACACGGCGCAGCGGUGUAGGGAAGAGUUACGACUCGUCUAAGGCGGCCAAUACUAACCAUUCUAUCAAUCGCAGUCAUCAGUUCGUCAAACUUGAACCCAAGUCAGAUGCGAUUCUACUCAAUAGUAUGUCAUCUCCACAAGAGGAGUACCAUUCCACGACUGUCCGACAGGGCGAAGAUAGGGUCUCGGAGUAUUCCGAUUACCAACCCACAAACCCAUCAGACCAAAAGCAAUCUCCUGUACAUGUAGUAUGA